AGUUCUUCCCCCCGGGGGGACAUGAUUGUGACCAUCCUAUGCCGAUGGGAAUAGAGGGACGAGCUGUCAUGACAGACAUGAGCGCCGGGACAAUGGAGAGGUGGGCGAAAUGGCAGUGGGGGGUGUAUAAGAGGAGGAAGGAUUAGAGUUCAGAGUGGUGGAUGUUUGGAGGAACUUAGAGACAAUCUUCUCAGGUACCUGAUGAAAUAAGCCCAUGUGUAGCAGGAUGGGCACAUUUGUGACCCUGACGGAGGUGCUAGAGGCCCGGGGUUCACCCCUGGAAGAGGACGAAGUCUGGUGUCUGCUGCUGGCCACCGCUGAUGCCUUACUGGACAUCUCCAAAAAAGGUCCAGGUAAUAUGUGUACUGUGUUGAGCCCUGGCUCAAUGCUACUGUCAGCCAAUGGGAGCCUGGCCUUCAAGAGCUGCGCACGAAGUGAAGACGUGGCUUCUUACACAGCUCCCGAGGUCCAGCAGGGUCUCACUGCUUCCACCAGGGCUGCUGCUGAAAAGGUGGUAGUAUACUCACUGGGAAUGACUCUUUACUGGUGCGCCGAUUAUCACCUACCUCAGAAUCAGCCAGUCCAGAUAAGCACAGAGCUGGAGGGUUUGCUGCUGAGCAUGUGUGAGGACAUGGCGGUGAGGAGGACCGACCUGCUGACGGUGCUGGAGACCUGCGAGUUCCAUCACAAGUCCUCCAUGCUGCCAUCCCCAGAGCGCCUCAUCAGGCAGCUGGUAGAGGACGUCUACAGAAACUCAGCCGACCACGUGGCCAUGACCGAAAACGGAUCCCAGCUAACAGACCGCAGUCAGAUGGUCAGGGAUAGAUUACACAGAGGUUCUUUCAGUAACUCGACAUGGACCCUAAAAAAGAAGAUCCACAGAACCUUUUCAGGAACAUCGUAUCCAGCUGAUACUACAGGGAUUCCCUCGGGAGGUCGGCUCAGAGAAAGUUACCCCAGCUGGCAGCAUUUGAACCGUACCCCCUGCAGCCCAUACAUGGAUGGCAAUCGAACUACCAGUGCAAGAUCCCUCCCGCAGUUCGAGUCCGCAAUGAGUUUGAACGAUAAGAAAAUGAAAGACAUGGGGCCUGAGUUUCUCAGAGCUUUAGAGGAACCCCUUGUCGUUUUGGAACUACCUGGAUCCAUCCUGACAAAGAAAGGGAAAUCUCCAGCCACCCAUAGAGAGCUCAGUGUGGUGAUGCCAAAUGGUCAAAGCAUCCUGGUCAAGUGUGAAGUGAAAACCAGAGGAGGGGAUGUGUUUGACAUGAUCGUGGCUCAUUCAAACCUGGUGGAACACUUCUAUUUUGGCCUUGCAUAUAUAGAUGAUAAUGAGUUUUUCUUCAUUGAUAAUGACACCAAGAUUUCCAAAGUGGCUCCAGAUAGCUGGAAGAAAGUGCCUACAACAACUUUUGUCCUUUUCUUCAGGAUCAAAUUCUUUGUGAACAACAUUUCUCUUCUUUUGCACAAACAGACCCGUCACCAGUUCUACCUCCAGCUAAGGAGGGACCUUUUAGAAGACAGACUGUCCUGCCAUGAGGAGACUGCUCUGUAUCUGGGAGGUCUGGCCUUGCAGACAGAGUAUGGAGACUGCAUGCCUGAGGUGUACGGUAGAAACUACUACCGACCUGACCAGUACGUCUCCAAGAGUGUGAUGGAGAAACGUGCCUUGCCUUACGUUCAGGCAGAGCUGCUGAGACUUCAUGCCAAUAACGCCCAAAUGCUCACAGAUGAAUCAGAGCUUGAAUUUCUGAAGAUUUGUCAGCAGUUGCCUGAAUACGGCGUCUUGUUCCACCGUGUGAUACGGGAGAAAAGGCCUUCGGACGGAGAGAUUGUUCUCGGAGUUUGUGCCAAAGGUGUCAUCAUCUACGAGGUUAAAGAUGGCUGCCGGUCCACCGCUCAGAAUUUCUUCUGGAGGGAGACGGCUACCAUCUCCUCUAGCAAGCGAAAAUUUAUAAUCGAGUGCCGGGGCAGCCGGAAGAAAUACAACUUUAUCACAGAGAGGUCCAGGAUAGCCAAGUACUUGUGUAACCUCUGUUCUGCGCAGCACAAGUUUAACAAUGAGAUGAGCUCCCGGCAGCUAAGCCACAGCCUGGUCUCAGAAACGCCGCCUAAACUGGGCACUCCUUCGGAGAGGGAAGUCAUCUGUGUUUCACUGAAGAAAGACCCAAAACUAGGCUUGGGUAUAGUUAUAGUCGGAGAGGACACAAUAGGCCGCUAUGACUUGGGCAUUUUUAUCGCCUCCAUUGUGCCUGGAGGACCUGCAGACAAGGACGGACGCAUCAGACCAGGGGGUCGUCUGAUAUCCCUGAACCACGUCAGCCUGGAGGGCGUCACUUUUAGCGAGGCAGGAGAGGUCAUGGAGGGCAGCCCUGAGGAAGUGCAGCUCAUCGUCUCUCAGCCUAAAGUCCCACUAAGUCCCACCAGCGUUCGCUCUCCUGUGUUGAGAAAAUAUGGGUCCCAGACUACGCUGAUGACAGAUGGACGUUCAGGAGACGAUAGCCUGGAUGAGAUCGUCUCCGUCAUGAUGACACCAAAGGCCUCCAACAGGCUGCACGUCCCACGAGACGUUCGAGCCCUCAGUACACAGGACGGCUGCCCUAUACCUCCAUCUCUGAACUGUGUGGGGUCAGAGGAGAUUUCUGUGGAGCUCAGGAAGAUCUCUGGAAAUCUGGGCAUCAGCAUCUCUGGUGCAGCAAACACUAACAUUCAAAAUGGGGGAAUCUACAUCAAGAGCCUCGUUCCCGGAGGGGCAGCAGAGAGAGACGGACGUUUACACACAGGUGAUAGAAUUUUGGAGGUUGAUGGGAUUAACUUUCAUGGCUUCACCUACCAGCAGGCCGUGGAGUGUCUGGGUAAAACCGGGGAGGUGGUCUACUUUGUUGUGAGACGGGAGUCAGUCAACCUGCCUAAGGUUUCUGUGAUUGCUGAUGCAGACAGUCCGGUCUCCAAUCAAAGAGUUCGUCAAACCACCAGCCAUCUGAGACUCAACAGUUCGUCAUCCCUCAGCUCUCCCACAAGCACGAGGUCUGACCGUUCCAGAGGCUACAGCUUCGUCACUGAUGAAAAUGUUAAGGAGGUGACUCUGACCAAAGACGUCAAUGGUCUGGGAUUUAGCUUCCUGAUGUGUGAGCUGGACCCACCCACCAAGGCCUUCAGCAGCCUGGUCCGGAUAAAGCAGCUCUUCCCUGGCCAGCCUGCGGAGCAAAGCGGCAGAAUUCAGGAGGGAGAUGUCCUGCUGGCUAUCAACGGCCACUCGCUAAAGGAGCUGUCCUAUCCAAAAGUGCUAAAGCUGUUCAAGAAUUCCCCAGCUGAAGUGAGGCUAACUCUCUGUCGGCCGUCGCCAGGGAUUCUCCCUUCCAUGGACCAUUUCAGCGGCACCUGAUCCACCUUUUGAGCUUUUCACCAGCACUGGCGUUUUGAAGCAACAUCAUGCUUUCAGAUGAAGCAGGAGGUGGUGAUGGAUACUGAAGGCUUGCGGUUGUUCUGACCUGUUAGCAGAAUGCUGUUGGCACUGUGAAAAGUGAGAAUAGCAGAGGACAGAAAACUGAGUCAGAGAGUUUUCUCUCAGGUGCCAAUACAACCUAAAACCUCACAGUGUGUCUGAGGAUAGAGGAACCUGAUCCCAGGAAACAUCAUGACUGAAAGAAGAAGAAGUCCAACACAGAAGUUUCCACCAAUAGAAGAAGAAAACUGAAGUGACGAGAACAAAACAUUGUUUAAAACAUUGCUUUAUUGGGCUUACAUUCUGU